AUGCUCUUUCUCUCCACCAAUCAGCCAGUCAUCCUUCUCCUCCUAUCACUGUUAUCGCUCUUCAGUCUUUCAAACGCAACAGUAGCUGUCGGGAGAGGCGCACCGGCGUCGGGCCCAGUCUACAUUCUCGGCACACCGUCAUCAUCGUCGUCGGGUGACGGCGCAGCAGCAGUAGCCCGGGUCGGCAGUGCCCUGCGCACUCUCGGCUUCCCGACGACAUACCUGCCAUUCCUGGCCGACGACGACAACGGAAGCAACAACAACGCGACCACCUACUACGACCACUACGCUGCCAUCAUCUCGCGCGAACCAGGCGCGAAGUUCAUCCUGCCCGCCGAUUCCCCUUCCCCGUCAGGGAGCAGUUGGCUCCGCCGGCUGCUACAAGAAAAGCAGCGUACCAAUGGCGCGUCGUUGCAGCCGCGCAGCAAUGCCAACGACAACGCUCACCCCCAUACGCUCGCCCUCCGCGCCCUAUUCUCACAGCCCGCGCACUCGCAACAGCUGCUCGAGCUGCGUUUCGACGGCAACAACAACGCCGACUCCCAUCAGAGCAACAGCGUCGCGCUGCCGCCGAGCGAGCAGCUGCAGGCGUGGGAGCAGCUGUGCGAUUUCCUCGGGCUGGGCUACAGUGUCGUGGAGAGGCUGAAGCUGAGGCGGUUUCCUUGA